AUGUCGACACAAGUAGAUAUGUCUCUAUCUUUACCCUUCCCACAAAUAUUUAGGAAGAAUGAGCAUGACAAGCAGUACCAGCGGUUCCUAGACACACUGAAGCAACUGCAGAUCAAUAUUCCUCUAGUAGAUGCUUUGGUACAAAUUCUGAGUUAUGAGAAAUUUAUGAAAAACCUUUUGUCCAAGAAGAAGAAGCCCACUGAUAUUGAAACUAUUGCCCUCACAGAAGGUUGUAGCGUUAUUUUGACAAACAAGUUGCCUCUUAAAUUGAAAGAUCCUAGGAGCUUUACCAUCCCAUGUUCAAUUGGUAAUUAUUAUUUGUGUAAGGCUUUAUGCCACUUGGGAGGUAACAUUAACCUAAUGCCACUAUCUACUUUUAGAAAGUUAAGAAUUGGUCACAUGAAAUCUACUGUAGUGACAUUACAACUAGCCGGUCAAUCCUUGGCUCAACCUGAAGGACAAAUAAAAGACAUCUUAGUUCGUGUGGAUAAAUUCAUUUUUCUAGCUGAUUUUAUCAUACUUGACUGCAAUGCAGAUAAAGAGAUUCCUAUAAUCUUGGGACGUCCAUUUUUAGCCACCGGACGAACUCUUAUUGAUGUUUACAAAGGUGAAUUAACCGUGCGACUUAAUGAUAAGCAAGUCACCUUCAGUUUUUUUGAAUCUAAUCAAUGCAAGGACAAAGAAGAAUGUAUUAUUGUUGAUGUGUUGGAUGAUAUAAUUGAGGAAGAGUUCAAUGACCAAACUGAAGCUAAUAAUCUUGAACUCAAGCAUGGAUGGCAGAUUGAAUCCUUAGACCUAGCCAACAGAACAACCCCAAAUUUUAAACCAUCUAUUGAAGAAGCUCCUACUCUGGAAUUGAAACCACUACCUCAUCAUCUUAAAUAUGUCUUUCUAGGUGACCACAAUACUCUUCCAGUUAUUGUCUCCGCAACAUUAGAUGUAACUCAAGAAGAGAAAUUGGUCCAUAUGUAA